CUCGAUCGAGACGGCCGGGCUCGAUCGAUCAACUAAACAGAACAAUCGAAUUAAAUUCGAACAAAUGCAUUAACCUCACAUAAAUUAAAAAUUAAUAAGUUUUUAAUUCGAACAAAAUAUUACAUGCCAGUAAUACGUUCAAUUCGUUAGUGUUCCAAUUUUAAAAUGAAACUAGGUUGUGAGAGUGCACAGGAUCGGUUGGCAAAAGAGGGAUAUUGUUAAAAAUAGGCUGUUUUCACACAGUUGUAAAGGGCAGAUAAAUUCAUAAGUGAAAGUGGAGAUGCAAAUAGUUGCGGCCCGUUUGUGACGUCACGAUCCAUUGGACCGAUGCGUUGUGCUCAGUGACAUUAGUGCGCCUAGUUCCCGCCGAAAAGAAUAAAGAUGGCCGAUCCCGACGCGUUCGAUGAUGAGAAGUUGGUAGUGGGAGGUCCAAAUCAGCGCAACUGGCGCGGCAUCCUUAUCGCGUUGCUGGUCAUCGUUGCUGUGCUGGCCUUGAUAGUGACCUCUGUGGUGCUGCUGACCCCGCCCGAUGAGGGGCCCAGGGUCAAAGGUCGAAGGUUAAGGAUACAGGAUCUGUUGAACGACGAGCUGCAACCAAUUAGAUGGAAUGGAACUUGGAUUUCUGGCGAUGAGUUCGUGUACCGCGACUCGUGGGGCGGGAUCAGCCUCAUGUUCGCGGCCAACCAGACUUCCAAGACCCUCAUGCCGAAUACUACUUUUAGAGUGCUAGAGCCGUUAUCAUUCUCAGUGUCAGCGGACCGGCGGUUCCUGCUGCUGGCGCAGAAUGUGCGCAAACUGCACCGACACUCCUAUCUCGCCAGAUACACCGUCUACGACAUACUUACCACAGAGUCCUACCCUCUCACGCCUUUGCCUGACGAUAUCGGAGGAGUUAUCACGGAGGGCCCGUACCUCCUGCUCGCAGCGUGGACUCCGAAAGGCCACGGACUCAUCACUAUCAAGGACUACGACAUUUACUACAGGCCAGCUCCGAGAUCCUCUACCGGAUACCGGGUCACCGACACCGGGAUACCGGGAACCAUUUACAACGGCGUUCCGGAUUGGUUGUAUGAAGAAGAGAUCCUGAACUCAAGGACGGCGCUGUGGAUGUCAGCAGACGGCCACAUGCUACUCUACGCCACCUUCAACGACACUCUCGUUCUAGAACAGAAGUAUCCGUGGUACGGCGCUGCGUUGGAUACUGACGAACCUGCUAAGACGUACCCGGAGAUCAGAAGCGUGCGGUACCCCAAGCCUGGUACCAACAACCCAACAGUAACACUGACGGUGGCUGACAUCGCGGACCCUAAGCAUAUAAGAACCAGGCAUCUUAUACCUCCUAAGGAAAUACUUGAAGAAGGCGAUUAUUACUUCACCAGCGCUCAGUGGGUGUCCCUCACGGAAGUCUGCGUGGUGUGGCUGACCAGGACACAGAAUCUGUCAGUGGUUUCCGUCUGCAAGAACCCCAUGUGGCACUGUCAAGAGGUAUACAGGAUAACAUCAGGGUCCGAGAGCUGGGUGGAGUCAGCUCCAGCGCCUCUCUGGUCUGCAGGAGGAGGGGCUCUAGUAACCCUGGCGCCAGUGAGGGAUGGGCCAGCUGGCCUGUUCCGGCAUAUAGUGAGGACUGAGAGGAACGCGCAUGGUCCAAGAGCACUGUCGUUGACGUACGGCAGCUUCGAUGUGGUGAGGCUUCUUGCUUGGGAUCACGUGAAUCAGCAUAUAUAUUACCUGGGUAUACCUGAAGGUAAGCCGGGACAGCAGCAUCUGUACCGGGUGUCGUCCGAGGCUCCACGACAAGGAUCGCCGCAGAAGUUACCUUACUGCGUUACUUGUAACUCGCAGCCGUCCCCGUCAAUUAACCUGGAGUACUACGGGAACCUGGCAUCUUCUGGAGACAGCACCUGGGACAGCGACUGGGACGAGGAACUGCCCGCCACCUCGCCCUCACCCACCAAGAAGAAGAAGAAGAGGCAUCCGGAAGGCAUGCCGCAGAACGCACCGUGCCUUUACCACGAGGCGUACUUCAGCAUCUCAUCAGCGUACUUCGUGCUGGAGUGCCUCGGGCCAGGAGUUCCCACGUCAAGCCUGCACAAGACCGCACUGCCAGAGCCGCGGCUUCUCAUGCACUUGGAGAACAACACUGCUGUGAAGGAAAGACUGUCGGGGAUAGCGUUACCAACUCCAAGAACGUUCUCCGUUCAGCUGUCCAGCGGACACACGGCCAGGGUGCGGCUGCUUCUGCCGCCAGGGUUGAGGGAAGACGAGGUCACCAAAUACCCGUUGGUGUUGAAAGUCCACGGUGCCCCAGGGUCCCAACUAGUGACAGAGAAGUGGAACGUGGACUGGGGCUCCCUCGCGGCAGGCGCCGGGGCGGUGGUGGCGUCGGUGGAUGCGCGCGGCGCGGGGGGAAGGGGCCUUGGCGCGCACCACACGCUGCACCGAAGACUUGGGACUGUGGAGCUGCAGGACCAGCUGGAGGUGGCUGAGUACCUGCGCGAAUCGCUGCACUUCAUCGACGCGAGACGCGUGGCGGUGUGGGGCCAGUCCCACGGCGGGUUCCUGGCGACCCUGGCUCUCGCCAGCAAAGUCAACGUCUUCCAUUGCGGCAUCGCUAUCACCCCUAUUGUCCGCUGGCGUUAUUAUGCAUCAGCAUACGCGGAACGGUACAUGGGCUUCCCGAACGCGACAGGCAACUACCGAGGCUACGCAGACGCUGACGUCACGAAGCAGGCAUCAGCCCUGCAUGAUAAGAUGCUACUUCUCAUCCACGGUACUGCUGAUGAUAACGUUCAUAUACAGCAGACCAUGGCGCUGGCGAGGGCCCUGGCGAACCUCGGCAGUAUGUUUAGACAACAGAUCUACCCAGACGAAGGCCACAGCCUGGAAGGCGUGCGGCGGCACCUGUACCGCACCAUGUCCUCGUUCCUGGACGAUUGCUUCAGGAAGCAGGUGCCUCCGGAGACCAAGGCGGGGUUGCGAAACGGCGGGAAUCUCGACUGAGACACGUGGAGGGACGAGGAGUUGUGCUCUUGGUAGCACGAGAUCGUCGAAAAACGAAGAGAGAGUUGUAGUAUAAACAAUAAAACCAGUAGUACAAUUUGUUCCAUAUCCAGUACACGCGGUCUACUGCCAUAACACAAAGGGGAAGGUUCUUAAAUAUAAAGUUCGGUCAGAAAUUGAAUUUAUUAAUAAAAUAGGGUAAAGUAACCCAAUGAACUUUAGAUAUGAAUGGGAUAUUGUUAUAUUUAUUUAUAGUUUAAUUGUACAUCAAAGAAAACACUGUACUUAAGAUGAAAAUGAAUGAAGGCAUGUACAAUUGGCGGUCUUAUCGCUUGAGGCAAUCUCUUAUAGAGAAUCAUUGGAUGGAAUAGGAGAAAAUAACGAAAAAGGACAGUUCAGGGCAUACAUGAUAUAUAAAUAUAUAUUUUUAUUAUAUUACCAACGUAUUUAUGGUAAUUCAGUCAGGUUCGAAAUACGUAGAGCGUGUUACGAAAAAUUCUGAACGUCCCACGUUGGGCGCCAGUAACUAAUACUACGAAAUAUAAUAUAUUACUUCAUGUAUACGCAUGUUUUGCAAUUGCGUAUGGAUUGCAAGUGACGUCAGUAGUCAAAACUUUAGCACCGAUGUUAGUACAAAUUCGACUUUAAAUACAGAAGUUAAAGUUUGAUAGUGAGACAACAAAGUUACCAAUGAGAAAGUGGUAACGAGAUGAAAUUGGCUUAAUUGAAAUUCGACUAUGAAGAAACAGAUCUGUACACCCAGAUAAGGAAUAUUUCCUAAAUUCGCUGAAUGAAAACGCGCGUUGACAUGCAUCGUGCGUUUUAAUACAAAAUUAGUGCUCUGAUUAUCGCGCGUUGAAGGCCAAACCAUGACCGGGGUUUAUCUUAAUUUGAAUUUAUACAAAUGAAUACCAAAAAGGGUGCCUAGACCCAGCAAAAAGCGUACAAUCAACAGCAGUGGGCAACUAGAUAUAAGAUUUUAUAUUUAAAACCUUCCCGUAUAUAACAGUAUGCUAUGAACACAUAAUAUAUGUAUUAUAAAAGAAAUCGACAUAAUCAAAGACAAAGUAAAUGAUAUCGCGUAGCUAAGUUAGGUACUAAUUAGAGCCAUUUAGAUCAAAACCUAAGCUCAGUACAUACUAAAAAUCAAGCUUAGUUUUUGUUAAGUGCCGCUCAAAUUAUGAUCAAAUGCAACAAAUAAACAGUCGUAACUACACGUACAAAGACUGGAAAA